CUAUCACUGGGCCAUUAGCUCAUCCUGUAGAGGAUUUCUAGGGAAAGUAUAGGAGUAUGCAGCAAUAGUUCCUUCUCUAGUAGCAGAGAAAGAAGUUCUGUAUCACGUACUCAAAAAAAUACGGCCAGCAGUGGUCUCUGUGUGUAAAUAAGGCGUGUAACGCUGUGAGGCAGGUGGGCGCUGAGUGGCGAGGAGGGAGAAGCGGUCGUGUCCCGCUGCUCGCUGGUGCUCUUGGCUGUCCCGGCGCCACCUCACUGCCAGACCUCGCUCUUCGCUCUCCAGACUUCGUGGCAGCCGCCGUUUACGACCAGCGGGUCCCGAGGCACGGCUGAAGCCCGGCCGUCCUUCCCGGGGCACCGCGCACCUCACAGCGCGCUGAGGGGACGGGCAGGGCGGGAAGGCGCCAGGGCGGCGCCGCCGUCUCCUCAGGGUCGCGGCUGCGCGUCCGGACGCCGCCUCAGCGCCGCCUCGGCGGGUGUGAGGGGGCUCCGGCGGGGCGGGCGGGCUGGUUCGCUUCUCCCGGCGGUGAAGGGGGCCGCUGCUGUGGUGCUGCCCAAAGAACGCGGCGCUCUGCCCGCCUCGGCCCCUCUCAGGCCGCUCCUGGCAGCCGGCGCGGCCCCAGGUGUGUGUGAGCAGCUGGGAGCCCAACUUGCCGUACCACAGCACCGUGUGGGGGGUGCUCGCCGAGGAGUUUGUCUCUUGUAAUGCCCCGGUGAGGGUAGCUCACCUUGCUUUCCUCGUAGGGGCCCUCAAGUCACGUCCUCCAUCUUUCAGGAGUUACUCAGGGCUGCUGGAAGGUCUGGUCCUCGGCUGUGUCCUCAGCAGGGCGGCUCCCACAAGGUGAUGGCUGCCUCCCUUGAGUGCACAACCUUUGAGGAGGAGCGACUUCCUGACAAGAGGGAAACUAUGAACUGGAAGCCCAGAAAAGUUAAGCCUAUAAUACUGGGACAAACCAAAGCAGAUGAAUGUUCGCGGAAGAAUAUUCCACGUGUUCUUGACAGUGGCUCUGAAGAAAGUGAAUUCUCUGAUAUCUCUGCCUAUGAAGAUGAUGUCAGUCGAUCUCCUGUUGACUGUCAUUAUGUACAGCCUGACCUAGAAGACCUGGAUGGUGAAAUCUCAAAUAUGCUUGAGAAUGUUACUUCUCCUGAGCAGCAAACUGCUUCGGUGUAUGAGGUGGAGGACUGGGAUAAAGAAUUGGAGGAGUCUGAAAGUAAUCCUUAUGAUGCUGGUGAUCUCUACUGCGGAAGCUUUCAGGAAAAUAAUCUUUUGGUCUCAUACUCCUUGCAAGAGGAAUCGUUGUACAACCCAUGUUGUCACCAUGCAGCUAGUCUUGCUUUUACACUGCCGGUUAGAAUGACUGAGAUUGGCCAGUUUGAUGAUGCUGAUGAAUGAGAUCAGAACUAAGUACGGCUUCUGAGUUGGAUUGUGUUCUUCACCAAGUUGUGUCAAGCCAUUUGGCUUGCUUGCAGUUUUCUGCUUAAGGCCCGAAAUGCCACGCCAUCUCCGAAGUUUAUCUUAGACUGUUUCUGAGGUAUUCAUUAAGCGACCACACCUGACCCCGGGAAACCAGCGUGCAGGUGCUAGCUGCACGCAGUCAGUGUGUUUCUGGACUACUUUCAGUUUGUAUUGUAUAGAUCUAGGUUGUUGCUAAUUAAUUGUUUGGGAGGAAGUAUUUAAUUUCUAAACUUCAGCUUGGUUGCCAAGCUUUGCCAGCUUUGAUGUGCUGAUAGUUGUGUGUCUGGCUAUGUAACUUGUUCUUUUCUUUCCUUUCUAUUUGAUGUUAUCAAAUUGGUUCAGAUAGCUCUAAAAACUCUUCCUCCUUGCACCUUCUGUGUUGUAGUUUGUUAUUCCAUGUCUAAUAUUUGUGUUUGACAAAAUCAGAUGUGGCAAAUACAAUUUUUUUUUUUAUGUAUUUCAAUAUGAAGGAAUUUGUAAAAUGUAUGUCACAUUUGUAACAUGUAUGCAGACAUAUAGUUGGGAUUUCUUUAUCCAAUAGGAAUGCCGGGUGUUUGACUGUCUGCCAGGAAAGGUUUUUCCACAUCAGACCUUCUUGCAUACAGGCAUAUUAUCUUCUAGGCUCACAGCUGUCUUUAUAACAUUGUCACAUUACGUUAGAUAUGUAAUGACAAAGAAAAUAUCAUUAUAUAAUCUUGGUGUGUCCUGCACACAGUAGUGAGGUAAAGUUCAUGACAGAUGUGGAUAUUUUUGCUGUUAUUUGUGUUUUGACAAAUGGGAACACAAAAUUUUGUUUUGACGAAUGGGAACACAAAAUAACUCCCCAAUGUCUCUAAGAGAAUAGCUGGAAUGAGAACCACAUCCUCCUUGCCUUUGCUUUGGAAUUAAAGGAAAUGAUCUCGAAUGAAAAAUAUAAGUGGAUUUGAUGGCUGAUGACUUAAGAAACAAUAAUCUUCUAAUGUUCAUGUUUCAUUCAUCACUUCUCUCUCAAGAACUUCUUGACGACUUUGACGCUGCCAGAUAUUGGAUCACAGUACCUGUGCUUGUUUAUUCUCAAGGAAGGAGUUAACA